AUGGCUCAACUUCAACGUGAACAUGAACAACGUCUUCAGGAACAACAACAAUCGACGCAAUGGAAUUUCACCCUAGAAUUAACAAAAAGAGCAGAGCACUUCAGUGAGAAACAACGAAAGGAAGAUCGUGAUUGGAAUCAAUUAAAUGCUGAACUCGAUCGAAAUUUCACUGUAAAACAUCAUCAAAAAGAGCUCGAAUUUCGUGAGACUGUCGAACUUGCUGCCCAACAACGUAUAGCUCAAGAAAGACAACAACAUGAAUGGACAUUGGAACAAUAUCGUUCUCAACGGAUCAAAGAACAUCACCGGCAAGAACAAUUCCGUCAGGAUGAACAUGAUCUUGAUGAAUUUCUCGAUGUAUACAAUUUAACUAGUGCACCUAUACCACUGCUUCAACGAAAAGUGUUGAGUUUAUUUCGUCGAUUCAAUAUUCCACACAAAACUCUUCUCAUUCAAAUUCUCUACGAUACAAAUCUUCUUCGUGAUAGCGAUAGUGAUUUUCCAAGGCGACGAAUUAGUUUGACACGAGUCAAUUUGAGUGGAAUUCAACUGGGAAAUAAAGAUGAAAUGAUUGAUCUUUUCAACGUGACGAUGAAUUCAUCAAUGCCUAAUCAUUAUAGUGCUCGACAUCAAAUCAUAGACCCGGCAACCGGUCGUGUUGAAGUUGACAUUAUCUUUUCUCAAGUCAAGGCCGCUGUCAACAAUAUUCAUCUAUCAGUAGAGGUUUAA